CGGUUGAGCAAUACUUCUGGCCGGACAGAGCCGCGAUGUAGUAGUCAAUAAAAAGUCAAUCAGAGUGCAUCUUAAGGUAUCACCCCGAGGACUCCCUCCAAGGACAAAGGACACAUCGGGCCAAUUAGCCCUGCAUUUACCCUCGGCAUAAAGUGCAAUUUUAUUAAAAAUUCAGGAAGAAUUUAUGAGCAGAAAUUGCAAGUGCAUCUUAAACUAGAAUUCCAGUGCCAUACGAUGGUAUUCUGUUCCUUUUGAUAAAUUGCGUGUAAAACAUCCCACAAUUGACACGUUCGUGACCCUUUUGAAGUGUGUUCUUGUGAUAAAUAACUCGUGUGUGAUUACUCCAGUGCUAACGUGUGACGACUGCUCAUUCGCACCACCGCGAACGGAGCUCCUUUACUCCAGAUACUAGAGAUCGUGGACCACCGCCAUCCUCCUUCAAGAGUGUGUGCUUCGUGAACUAUUUUAAAAAGACUGAAGGGACUGAAAACUCCACCGAAGCCGCAAGAUGUUAUCCCCACGGCAAAUGCAGUGGGCGGUGAAAUGGGCCUUUAUCGCUUUAUUGACGGCGACUGCAUCAUGUGAAGAAAAUGUCGUCAAGGCCGUAUCUCGCAGCUUCAAUUGCCCAUCAGAAGGCUUCCAUGCAAAUCCACAAAAUUGUGCAAUUUUUCAUCGAUGUGUUGAUGAGGGUAACGGUAAACUAAGGGCGUACACCUUUUCUUGCCCUGAGAAAACAGUAUACUCGGAAGAUCUGCAAGGGUGCGUGCAUCCCUUGGAGUCCGGUCGAUCAGCAUGUGCAGAAUAUAUCAACGAAAUAAAUAACGAUUACCAAACAGAUCAUGUAGAAUUCAACGAUAUGCAAUAUCAAGAUCAAAUGGUGAGCGCCUCUGAGCACAAAGCUGUUUCUACUCACUCGGUUAACCCAUGUACGCAAGAAGGUUUUGUGAGAGAUCCUGUUGAUUGCAGACGUUUCUACAGAUGUGUAUCAAGCGGUUCAGGUGGUUUCACAAAGUACGAGUUUGAAUGCGGAGAAGGAACUGCAUACGAUGAAUCCAUUCAAGGGUGCAAUCAUGAUUACGCAGUAGAGGGAUGUGCAUCUACCUAUCCGAAUCGUCAAGCUAAUCAGGAAUCAGCUACAGUGACUAAUUCAUCGAAUUCUUUUUCAAAUUCGUCAUCAAGCAAUAGUUCAUCAUCAUGGAGCAACAGUACAACUACACAGCAGUCCUCAUCAUCGAGCUCUUCCUCUUCAAAUUCCAGUUCCUCUACUACUUCCUCGAGUAGUAGUAACAACAACUCUCAGAAUCACAGCUCAAAUCAGAGCAACCAAAGCUCUUCCUCAAACCAAAAUGCAAAUAAUCAAAACAACUCGAAUAAUUCAAACAACCAGAACUCUUCAAAUUCCAACUCGUCCAACUCUCAAAAUGCGUCCAAUAAUCAAAAUUCAUCAAAUUCGUCCAAUCAAAGUUCCAGCAGUUCUAGCUCAAAUCAAGGGAAUCAAUCGAGUGGAGGUUCAUCGAAUCAGAAUCAGUCCGGAAACAACUCGAACAGCAAUCAGAGCUCAUCAAAUCAAAGCUCAUCUUCAUCUUCAAGUUCAUCCUCAAAUUCUCAGAACCAAGGCUCUUCUUCUAAUAACAAUCAAAAUAAUGCAAACAACCAGAAUUCCAAUAACCAGAACAAUAAUCAGAAUAAUAAUCAGUCAUCUUCGAAUAAUCAGUCCUCAUCUGGCAAUGAAUCAUCUUCUAACAACCAAUCAUCUUCUAGUAAUCAAUCAUCUUCAAGCAACCAGUCAUCUUCUAAUAAUCAGUCGUCGUCAAACAAUGGUUCCUCGUCAAAUCAAAAUAAUAACCAAUCAAGCGGAUCGUCCAACAAUCAGUCUCAGAAUAACCAGCAAAAUCAAAGUGGUUCGUCUAAUUCAAAUCAAAGCAAUUCAUCGAACAAUCAAGGAAACCAAGGUUCAUCCAAUCAAAGUUCAAAUAAUCAAAGUUCAUCCAAUCAGAGCUCUUCCAAUCAAAGUUCAUCUAAUCAGAGUUCUUCCAAUCAAGGUUCUUCCAACCAAGGUUCAUCCAACCAAGGAUCUUCUAAUCAAGAAUCCUCUAACCAAGGUUCAUCAAAUCAAGGUUCAUCCAACCAAGGAUCUUCUAAUCAAGAAUCCUCUAACCAAGGUUCAUCCAACCAAGGAUCUUCUAAUCAAGAAUCCUCUAACCAAGGUUCAUCCAACCAAGGAUCUUCUAAUCAAGAAUCCUCUAACCAAGGUUCAUCAAAUCAAGGCUCAUCCAAUCAAGGUUCAUCCAAUCAAGGCUCAUCUAAUCAAGGCUCAUCAAAUCAAAGCGCAUCUAAUCAAACUUCCUCGAGCCAGAGCUCUUCCAGCAGUUCCAAUAGUUCAAGCUCAAGUUCGAGCGGAUCCAAUAAUCAAUCUUCCAAUAACAACCAAGAAAACAAUCAAGGCUCAUCUAAUGACAGUGGAAAACAGUGCAAAAAAGAAGAAUAUCUUCCGCACGAACACGAUUGUAACAAAUUCUAUAGAUGCGUUGAAAACGAUCAUGGCGGCUUUAACAAAGUUCAAUUUUCUUGCGGAGAUGGUACUGUUUGGGAUCAGAAUGGACUCGCAUGUAAUCAUCCUUCAGUUGUCGAAGAUCCAAAAUGUAGAAUGGAAAAUGCAAACAAUUCGGCAUCAGAAAGUCAAACUUCAAGUGGCAAUAAUCAAUCGUCUAGUAGUAGUCAGAGUUCCAGCAGUAAUCAGAGCUCCAGCAGCAGCCAAAGCUCUGGGAAUAAUCAAAAUUCAGGCGGUAACCAGAAUACGGGAAGCAGUCAGAAUACAGGCAGUAACCAAAGUUCAAGCAGCAGCCAGAGUUCCAGCAGCAACCAGAGUUCAAGUAGCAAUCAAGGAUCAAACAACAAUCAAAGCUCUGGAAGUAAUCAGGGAUCCAACAACAAUCAAAGUUCAAGUAAUAAUCAAAGUUCCAGCAACAAUCAGAGCUCUGGAAGUAACCAAAGCUCAAGCAGCAAUCAGAGUUCAGGAAGUAACCAAGGUUCUGAAAACAAUCAGAGUUCCGGCAGCAAUCAAGGCUCUAGUAAUAAUCAAAGUUCAGGUGGUAAUCAAAGCUCAGGAAGUAAUCAGAGCUCAGGAAGUAAUCAGAGCUCAAGUAGUAAUCAAAGCUCAAGCAAUAACCAAAGUUCGAGCAGCAAUCAAGGUUCCAACAACAAUCAAGGAUCUGAAAACAGCCAAGGUUCAAAUAAUAAUCAAAGCGGAGGAAGCAAUCAGAGUUCCAGCAAUAAUCAAUCAUCGGGAAGCAACCAGAGCUCCAGUAGCAGUCAAAGUUCAGGAAGUAGUCAAGGUUCCGGAAAUAAUCAAAGUUCGGGAAGCAACCAAAGCUCUGGAAGUAAUCAAAGUUCAGGAAAUAAUGAGAGUUCGAGUGGUAAUCAAAGUUCAAGCAGUAAUCAAAGUUCCAGCAGCAACCAAAGUUCAGGCAAUAAUCAAAGUUCUGGAACUAACCAAAGUUCAAGCAAUAAUCAAAAUUCAGGCAAUAACCAAAGUUCCGGAAACAAUCAAGGCUCAGAAAAUAAUCAAAGUUCUGGGAGCAACCAAAGUUCGGGAAGUAACCAGAGUUCCGGCAGUAAUCAAAGUUCAAGCAAUAAUCAAAGUUCGAGUAGCAACCAAAGUUCUGGUAGUAAUCAAGGUUCUAGCAAUAACCAGAGCUCUGGAAAUAACCAGAGUUCAGGCAAUAACCAGAGUUCCGGUAGCAAUCAAAGUUCGGGCAGCAAUCAAAGUUCUGGAAGUAAUCAAAGUUCAGGAAGCAAUCAAAGCUCCGGCAGCAAUCAAGGCUCUGAAAACAAUCAAUCUUCAAAUAAUAAUCAAGGAUCAAACAACAACCAGAGUGGAGGAAGCAACCAAAGCUCAGGAAGCAACCAAAGCUCAGGAAGCAAUCAAAGUUCUGGAAGCAAUCAAGGUUCCGAAAGCAACCAGGGUUCAGGAAACAACCAAAGCUCAGGAAGCAAUCAAAGUUCUGGAAGCAAUCAAGGUUCUGAAAGCAACCAGGGUUCAGGAAGCAACCAAAGCUCAGGAAGCAAUCAAAGUUCUGGAAGUAAUCAAGGUUCAGGAAGCAACCAAGGUUCAGGAAGCAAUCAAAGUUCUGGAAGCAAUCAAAGUUCAGGAAGCAAUCAAAGUUCCGGAAGCAACCAAGGUUCAGGAAGCAAUCAAAGUUCCGGAAGUAACCAAGGCUCAGGUAGCAACCAAAGCUCAAGUGGUUCUAACCCGUCGUGCCAACAAGAAGGAUUCAUGGGAGACAGCAAUGAUUGUAAGAUAUUCUACCGUUGUGUUAGCUCUGGUGACGGUACUUUCAAGCGUUAUCAAUUCACAUGUGGAGAUGGUACAGUCUGGGAUAAUACGGUUCAGACUUGUAACUACCCAUCCGCUGUUCAAGAUCCAAAGUGUGGCAAUGCAACUGAUAGCAAUGUAGAACAGCAAUCGCAAGGCACUACAACAUCACCUCCAUCAGAUGGUUCUCAAACUACUGCUGCUUCCACUACCCCCCCUCAAUCAACUACGACAACUCAACCAGCAACUACUUCCCAACCAACUACUACUGCCCAACCAUCAACUACAGCACCUGCAACCACCCCAGCCCAACCUGCAACUACAAGCCAACCUCCAACUACAACUGCUCCAGUACAAACGACAACCUCACAAACCACCACAGCUCAAACUACACAAUCUCAAGGUACACAAACAGGCACAACCUCUUCAUCUCCUGAAUCCACAACAGCUUCACCAUCGACCGAGUCUACUCAAGUUCCAAAGGAACCAGCAGGCACAAAUGGUAAAUGCGAGCGAGAAGGAUUUAUGAAGCAUGAAAGCAACUGCAGAGGAUUUUAUCGAUGUGCGAAUAACGGAAAGGGAGGUUUUGACAGGUAUCCAUUUGAAUGCGGUGAAGGUACUGUUUGGGAUCAGGAAUCACUCAGUUGCAAUUACCCUUGGGCGGUAAAUGAUAAGAAUUGCGGAUCUCCUACACCAGCACCCACAACUGGCGGAUCUCAAGGAGGUACCACUGGUGCUAUGACUGGUACCACUCCUCCAUCGUCUCAAGCAACGACUACACAACCAACGACAGGCACACAACCAGCAACAACAACCCCACCUGGAUCAACUGGUUCAGGUUCAACCACCCAGGCACCGACUACUUCCCAGCCACCUACUUCCACAGAGCCUAUUACAACAACGACAAAUGUUCCAUCCCAAACGGAAACCCAACCACCAUCAACUACCAUUCAAACCACAACAGUUUCUCAAACAAAUGUUCCUGGAGAAACAACCACUAUAUCGCCUGAAAGCACCGCUCCCCCACAACCAGCAGGAUCACAUGGAAAUUGUGAAAGAGAAGGUUUCAUGGGUGAUGACAAUGAUUGCGGCAAAUUUUAUCGUUGCGUAGAUAACGGCAAGGGAGGUUUUGAUCGCUACGAAUUCAAGUGUGCACCGGGCACUGUUUGGGAUCCAACAGCCAAUAGUUGUAAUCACCCUUCAGCUUUAGGUGAUGGGAAAUGCGCUUCUGCUACCACAAUAACUGGACAGGAAAGUACUACACCAAUAUCUGGACAAGAAACAACCACUGAUGCGAAUACAACACCAGCAGGAUCAACUACUAAUGCGCCAACUGGAACUACAACUGAAUAUCCAACCACAACAAAUCAACCUAUUACUCAAGCCCAACCACAGACGACUACACAAUCAUCUCAAAUUACCACCACCCAACAACCGCAAACAACUACACAACAGCCACAAUCGACGACUCAACAACCACAAACGACAACUCAGCAACCACAAACGACAACUCAACAACCAGAAACAACAACUCAACAAACGCAGACAACAACAUGGCAACCUGAAACAACGACUCAACAACCCCAAACUACACCUCAGCAAUCUCAAAGCACAACCCAGGAAUCGCAAUCAACAACGAACAUCCCGCCAACUACAACAGGUCAACCAGAUACAACAACUGUGCCAUCAAGCACUCAACCGGGUGAAAGUACCACUACAGGAGGUGCAACCACCACUGACCAGCCAACGCAAGCACCCAGUCAACCUGCGGGUACGGCUUGUACGCAGGAAGGAUUCAUGGCUCACCCUACAAAUUGUAGAAUAUUCUAUCGAUGCGUUGACGACGGUAAUGGUAAGCUCAACCGCCACGAAUACAUGUGUGGUAAAGGCACAGGCUGGGACGAAUCUCAGCAAACUUGCAACUACGAAAAUCUUGUGGAUAGAUGUUCCGGAUCAACGACUGAUACUACUACUACUGGAGGGGCGACCGAAACUACCACAUAUUCUCCCACAACUACAAAUACUUACCCAACCGAAACAACCACUGUUCCGCAACAAACCACAACUUCUCAGCAAGAAACAACCACCAACCAACAGACAACCACUACAUAUCCUACCACCACUGCCUCAUAUACAACGACAACAACGCCUCCUGAAUAUACUACCACCACAAGCUCUUCAGCACAAACCACGACUGAUUCCACGGCGCAAACUACAACCGACUCUACUAUGCCAACAUCAACUGACUCUCCAGCGCAAACAACCACAGAACCCUCAACUCAACCCGAAACCACAACCGUUCCAACAACUCCUUCAUCUGGUAAGGAACCUUGUCCUCCAGUGGAACCACACCAAAGCCUAUUCAUCUGUCCAACUGGGUUCAAGCGAUAUCCUAACAAGUGUGAUACCUUCUACCAAUGUACCAGUCCACCAGACAGUAUGGACUUCUCAAUUGCUACCUUCCAGUGCCCCAACAAUACCAUCUACAGCGAGGAGAAAAACAGUUGCUUGCCACCCUCUGCCGAUAACAAAUGCCCUGUAUCUGGCGCACGAUCUUCGAUACAUAACAUUGAGCGAAGAGCAACGAUUACCGUUCGCUCGACCCGACUUCUCUGUCCCGCCGAAGGAAACCAACCCUUCACUGAAGAGAUCUGCAGCGAUAUGUACAUCAAGUGCACACGCUCCCCGAUCACCAAUAAGUUGGAGGGCAUGGUCUACCACUGCCCACCCCAGUACUCCUACUGGAUCACAACAGGCCGAUGCGAAUUGGAAUCUCCGAACAGACGAUGCACUAAGCCCAGGAACAACCAGCACAACGGCAUUCCAGUCGAUUGGGCUUCCUUCCGCAGUCAUCGUAGCUUCUUUUACUAUUAGAACUGACUUUAAAUAUUAGAAACCUAAGUUAGAGAAUUUACAUUUUUUACUAUUUUAAUCGAAAAAUAUUGGGACAACGUUGCUCAGAACCGUAAAGCUGGACACUCAAAAUUCUGAGCAGGAGUUUUGUCACUAUGGGGAAUACUUGGUGCUGGGUCCUAUUUAUACGCCGCUCCAGAUCCUUCCUGGAGCAAUCAGCUCAUUUGUACUCGUAAUUUAUUUUUAUUUAGUGAUAGUCAUGGAAUAGUCAGUUCUUCUAUCAAAUAACGGAAUUCCAAUAAAAGUACUUAACAGAAGAAGGUAUUCUAGGCGAAAUACCUGAAUAGACUGUCAAUGCAUCUUCUUAGACUAACUUAUUGUCAUUUCAUGAAAUUCGUAAUAUAAACAAGUCUGCCAUUAUUAAGGAUAAAUAUAGUAAAAGCAAUAAAACUAUGAAUGUGAAUAAUUAAUAAUGCUCUGAAAUAUACGUAGACAAUUAUGUAA